UAAUAAGGUGCGGGUCAUUUGGGGGAUCCGUAAUCCACCCCAUACCCAUCUGAGUAAGUGUCGGUAAGAGAUUUGUCAAUCAACAAUCUACUCACAUCAAUCACCCACCCAUUACGCUUUGAGUUAAUAAUAUUUUAUUUCUUUUUAACGGCAGACUAACCGAAUUUUAAAGGGAUGUACAAUUCAAUGACAUUGAUGAUACCCGAACUUAUUCUAACUUAAAUGGUAUAGCUCUCCCAAUUUUACUUUAAGGUAUUUUACCUGAAGAUUAUGUAUUUCCUAUGUUGGGCUAACUCUCCAUUAGACAAUGAAACCCGGUCUCGUGGGCUGAGUACCGCAGCCUAAAGCCAUGGACAUUAUGUUGCUGGGUUAAUAGAAUGAAGAGGUGGGGGGAUGGAUCGAAGCCCAUUUCUAUGUAAAUUAACGAAGGCCUGAAAGCCCAUUUAUCGAGAUCAAACAAGAAAAGGAGGCCCAAGGAUUGGGCUACUGGAUCAAAAGGUGGAGUGCCGUAGCUCCUAGUCUGUUUAAUUCAAUAAUAAAAUGUGAUAACGUUUGUCGAGUGAAAUUGACAUGUAUAAUUAAACAAAUGAAACAUGUAUUUAUGGGUUGAUAUAACUAGACAAAAAUGGAUUGAGAUCCGUAAUGACGUGAGUAAUACACAAGCAACAAGGCUGCUCCCUUGUUAAGGACACCAAGUGAAAGAAUCGAGGUUCUCGGGAAAAAAUUCGAAUUAUUUUAAUUUUAAAUAGAGUCAAUAGAGAGUCUCAACAUGAGUUUGUUUCUAUAUUUUCAUAAUCCGACUACCGUGUUACAUUUAUUAUGAUUAGAACAUCUGAAUAUGAAUCAUGGCUAUUAAAAAUGGGCUGCAAAAAAAAAGCAUUUGAAUGAGUUAAAUUACAAACGAGAAGUCCAUGUGCGCAUGUAUUUGAGUUCGUCUUAAUACAAUCAAAUACUAUCGCAGACUAUCAUAAAUUUCAAACAUACGCUUAUUUUAACGACAAUAAAUUGGCUAAAGAUGUCAAAUAUUCCACUAAAAACUACUCUACAUACAAACACCGAGUGACACAAAAUAUGGACUUUUCAACUAAUAGACACAUAAGAACUGCAAUAAUCCAAUCAAAAUGAGGAAGAGGUUUUCGAUCUAGACCAUCUCGAUGAUUUUUUUUUUCCGCGAUACAUACAUCUCUUUGCCAUAAAAAUUUCCGAACUCCGAAUUUCAAGAUCAUUCUCUGUAUUGUGCCCAACAUACUCUAAUCCAUCUACGUUUUUUUUUCAAAUGCUUCAACGACAACUUGAUUAUAGCUAAUUCACCCUUAGCUCUCUACCUACCAAAGGUGACGGUGUUGAUAAUAAUCAUGAUUAACAUUGAAAAUCCUUUCCCCUCUCCCAUUAAUCCCUUUGGAUUAAUUAAUAAAUCGAAAAUAUCUAGAAGCGGCCGGCUAAAUAAAAGCGGGAGCGGGAAGGAUUAAAAGGAUGGGUCCCGCUUUUCUACCCGCCAGCGGGUCCCACCAUUUUCCGCUCUUAUCCGAUCAAAGGCUCCCACCCUGGCUCCCAUCCUGCCACGUGUCUUCCAUCGGACGGCUCUCCUACUUCCACCUCUUCUCCAUCCUCACAACAAAAGCCCAGCUCUUCCGCCUCUUUGCCCUGCCUCGUCUCCGCCAUUUGCUUUCUCUCUCACUCACUUUCUCCUGAGUUCUGAUUCCCUGCGACGAUCGUAUCGUAUCUCUUCAAAUUUGAUCGGCGGUGCUCUUUUUCCCAGUUUUCAUAGGUACUUCCGAGAGGAUUCUGGGUUUUGUUUCGGUUUCUUGUUGUUAGUCGAGUGAUAUGGCUUUCUGAAUUGUGAUCGUUGUGGCUGCUGUUUGUUCUUAUGCCGAAUGAUUGUUUGGAGCUUUCCCAAGUGUUUUCUUUAGCUUGGAUUAUGGUUUUGAUCGAGUGGAGUCUCUGUGGAGAUUGAGCCGCAGUUAGGAUUUUCUUCUUCUUCCAGUGCAGAGACUUGUCUAGAAAAGAGGGGUUUCAGGUUUGGCAUAAAAAUUUGGCAGCUUUUUCGCUUUCUUCUAUCUACUGGAUUGGGGAGUUUCCGAGUUAGGCAAGCGGCAGUUGUUUGCUUUAUUAACUUUCCUGAUCAGUAAUCACGCUUCCUGUUUUGCGGUGUGAAGUGGGUUUUGCAUUUGCGUAGGAAAGAUCGCAACUUUUUGUUGUUUCUUUGAAGCUAAUGCUCUACGAGUUACCUUAAUCCACCAUCGUGUUUCUUGCCAGCUGGUAUAUUUGCAACUAAGUGUUAAGUUUCCUUUGCGGUAUCCCAAAAGAAACAUGGGUUGCGUUUGACUAGGACAGUUACUGUGUGUCUUAUUCAGGGCUCUGUUUCAUAUACAGGAGCUUCAGUUAUGAUGUUUCUAAUCCUUUCUUCCUUUAUUCCAUUCUGCAGUGACUUUGUUCAUCAAAUGUCGGAAUGACAUUACUUGUAUAGCUCUUUGAGCAGAUGUGUAAGUCGACCAGAGCCAAAAUUUAGCAAACAUGGGUGGGAUUUGUUCAAGGAAGAGAGACCAAGAGGUCCUCGGGGAUGGUAUUGCCAGCAGACUUUCCGGAAGGUAUGGUAAAAGCGGGAGUUCAAAAUGGCUUCGCAACUCAUUUGGUCAUGUUGCCGUUGCUGACUGCCAAGCAGGAGGCAAUCGCCCCUCUUUGAUGGAACUAUGCAUACAGCAAAUCUGCAAGGACAUUGGAAGGUAUAAGUCCUUUUCUGUACUUCCAAGGGAUAUAAGCCAGCAAAUAUUUGAUGAGUUGGCGUUGACUCAUAGUCUCAAUGAUGAUUCUCUUGUAGCUUUUCUCGAUUGUGCCCUGCAGGAUGUUCAUUUAGGUGACUGUCCAGGGGUCAAGGAUAGUUGGAUGGAUGUUAUAUCUUCACAGGGAUCAUCUCUACUUUCAUUGGACCUUUCCGAUUCGGAAAUCACAGAUGCUGCUUUGGUUGGUCUAAAAGAUUGUUCGAACCUCCAGGAAAUGACUCUAAAUUAUUGUGAAAGUAUUACCGAGCAUGGGCUGAAACACAUAAGGGGCCUUAACAGCUUAACUUCUUUGAGUUUCAAAAGGAGUACUGCUAUUACCGCUGAAGGGAUGCAAGCCUUCUCUACUUUGGUUAAUUUAGAGAAGUUGGACCUGGAAAGAUGCUCCCAGAUUCAUGGUGGACUAAUUCAUCUGAAAGGAUUAACAAAACUGGAGUCUCUUAAUAUUAGGUGCUGUAAAUGCAUUACAGAUCUGGACAUGAAGGCUCUCACUGGUCUCACUAAUCUGAAGGAACUGCAAUUAUCCAAUUGUAACAUCACGGAUUUUGGGGUUUCCUUAUUGAGAGGUUUGGAGAAGAUUGUCAUACUGAACUUGGAAGGUUGUAAUGUGACAACUGCAUGUUUGGAUUCACUUUCAGCUCUUGUAAAUCUUGCAUACUUAAAUUUAAGCAGAUGUGGAUUGUCAGAUGAGGGAUGUGAUAAGUUUUCUGAGCUGAAGAAGUUGAAGGUAUUGAGUUUGGCAUUCAACAACAUUACAGAUGCUGUUUUGGUCCAUCUAAAAGGCUUAAAGAACUUAGAGAGCUUGAACCUGGAUUCUUGUAAGAUUGGUGAUGAAGGGCUCGCUAACUUGUCUGGACUUCCCCUCAAAAGUUUGGAGUUGUCUGAUACUGAAGUUGGCAGCAGUGGUCUUCGUCAUCUUUCAGGUUUGACCCAACUGGAAAGCUUAAAUCUGUCUUUCACCUUGGUCACCGAUGGUGGUCUGCGGAGAUUAUCUGGGUUGACUUCUCUUAAAUCACUCAACUUGGAUGCUCGUCAGAUUACAGAUACUGGUCUUGCCGCUCUUACAAGUUUGACAGGUCUGACCCAUCUGGACCUCUUUGGAGCUCGAAUUUCAGAUGCUGGAACAAAAUAUUUGCAACACUUCAAGAAUCUCCAAUCCCUGGAAAUAUGUGGUGGUGGUAUAACAGAUGCUGGGGUUAAGAACAUCAAAGAUCUUUCUCGCCUAACCGUGUUGAACCUGUCACAGAACAGCAACCUUACAGACAAAACCUUAGAAUUGAUCUCUGGGUUGGAGGGCUUAGUGUCGCUGAACAUUUCAAAUUCUCUGAUAACCAACAAGGGUCUGAGGCAUUUGAGGCCAUUGAAGAAUUUACACUCCCUAACCUUGGAGUCCUGUAAGGUGACUGCCUCCGAGAUAAGGAAGCUACAGUUAACUGCACUCCCCAGUCUGGUGAGCUUUCGACCAGAGUAAAGAAGCGCUAUGUGGACACACAUAUAGCGAAAGGGGAACUACUUGUAAAUAUAGCUUCAUAUGCUCUCAGCUGGUGGUAUUAUGCCAUGUACAGUCUCUAAAUAAGUAUACCUACCGCCUCAUCUGGCCGAAGGGAAGUUUGAAGGCUAGCAAUAGGAAGCACGUCAUGCAGAAAGAAAGCCAUCAAAGUGUAUGUAAAUAUAUUGGGGGUUUUCUGCCUGCUUGAACCAAUGAAUGAAAGUUGUACAUAUAUGUUUUUAUCAAGUGGCACAUGAAAACUUCUGCCCUAGUUUGUUGUGUUAUGAUAAGUAAGCUCCAGUUUGAAGAGUGUACCAGUGCUUAUUAUCCCUCUGUUGUAAACCUCUGAUCGAUUCAAAUAGAAAAAUGUUUCUGUCGAAUCAUUUUGUUCUGAAAAUGCUAGUUUCUGUGAUUAUCAUAGCAUAGUCAGAACAGAGUCGAACAACAUAGCAUCAACCUGGAUAAAGCAGAGCUCAAGAACAUUCGUUCCUUCUUUCAAGCUAAGAUUUUACAAGUUACCUUAAUCCGCCAUCAUCAUGUUUCUAGGCAGCUGGUAUAUUGGCAACUAAAAUAACAUGGGGCUGUAUGCUUGCACUUUGACUAUGACCUGUUCAUGGCUUAUGUUUUAGAUACAGGAGCUUAAUCAACUAUGAAGCUUCUC